AUGGAUGACCAAAGCUCUGGAUCGGUCAGAAUCGAGAAGCUGACCGCAUCUAACUUUUACAUCUGGAAGCAGAAAAUCCAGCUACUGCUUGCUCUCCGAGAUGUCGAUCAAUACGUUUUAGAUGAUAUCCCGGAGAAUGCGACGUCAGAUGACCGGAGAAAAUGGAUCCGUGGUGACGCAAAAGCAAAGGCAGUCAUCGGACUCACGCUUUCUGAUGACUACUUGCACCAUGUGCGAGAGUGUAGCAGUGCGAAAGAGACAUGGGAAGCAAUUCUGAAUGUGUUUGAGCGUCAUACUUUGCUCAACAAACUUGCCGCGCGUCGCGACUUUCACACGGUAUCCAUGCUCCCAUCCGAGAAAGUGCUCGUGUUCAUCAAUCGUGUGAAGCAACUUGCUGCCAGAUUGCAGUCAAUGAGUGUUGAGAUUGACGAUAAAGAAAUUGCAAUGGCUGUGUUGAAUGGCUUGCCUCCACGAUUCGAUAACCUGAUUGUUGCUCUUGACGCACUUGGCAAUGAAGAUAAAGUGUUUGGACUCGAGUUUGUGAAGAGUCGUCUGCUGCAAGAAGAACAACGAGAAAGCAUGAAGACCGCUUCUGCUUCAUCACCACAUGCACCUGCACUUGUCAAUCAUGGGUUUCGGUCACGCAACACUGCCUUGAAGCCAAGUGCAUUCGUUUCUCGAAAUGACAAUUCUACUGCUGCCUUUGCAGAGAGUAACUUUACUUGCUUGCUUUCGACUUCCACUCCAGAAAAGAGGGCUGCAAACGCAAGGUCAUGGCUUGUCGAUUCCGGUUGCAGCGCUCACAUUACGUUUGAUCGCUCUUUGUUCGUUACGUAUGAACAGAUGCAAUCUGGAUCAGUCGAGAUGGGCACGAAGGCUAGAGCUAAUGUCGCUGGUCGCGGCGAGGUAGAACUCAUGUUGAACGUCAACGGUAGUCCACAUCCUUGCAAAUUGUCAAACGUUUUGCAUGUCCCUGAUUUCGGAUACUCGCUACUGUCUGUUACCCAAAUGGUUUCAAAGGGUUUGCAAGUGUCAUUUGAAAAUGAGAAAUACCGCGUUACUACAGGACCAACUGUAACGCUACAUGAACGCAUGGCCCAUGUUAAUGUACAAGGAAUCGCAUCAAUGAUUCACAAUAAUGUGGUAAGUGGCAUCAACUCUGACAAUCACUCUCCCAUUUGUCCUGCGUGUGUGUUUGGCAAAGCAACGCGAUCAGUAAUCCCAAAACAGCGAUCAUCGUCUCGAGCACAGAACUGUCUUGACUUGGUACAUUCUGACGUUUGCGGUCCGCUCGAAGUACAGUCCAUUGGUGAUUUAAACGGUACGCAGCACCAACUCACAACGGCGUACAUCCCUGAACAAAACGGUGUUGCUGAACGUUUAAAUCGAACUUUGAUUGAUCUCGUCCACUCAAUGCUUUCUCAUAAACAGGUCAGUAAGCGAUUCUGGGCCGAGGCUCUUGCCACUUCGGUAUAUGUACGUAAUCGAGUUACUUCACGCACUUUGCCCGUUAAUGCAACUCCGCACCACAUUUGGAUGAAUUCCACUCCAAAUGUUGGCCAUUUGCGAGUAUUUGGGUCAAAGUGUUGGUAUACAUUACCAAAAUUAGAGCUCCGUAAGCUGGACUUGCGAGCGCGUGAAGCGAUGUUUCUUGGGUACUCGCAAUGCAGUAAGGCAUACAAACUUUGGGACGGAGAGUUGAAUAAAAUUGUUGUGUCACGGGAUGUCAAGUUUGAUGAAUCGACAUCCGAUACCCCAAAUACGAAUGAGGUCGGUUCUGAAGAGGAUGAAGUUUCGGAGGAGGUUCUUGAAAACGAUGGCGCUCAUUCUGUAAGUGAGAAUGAUGAAGAUGAAGAUGAUGUACCAACUGCCGUCGAAAAUCCGAAUGUCACCCCUCCAACUCCGACUCCAGCUGUGCGAAGAUCGUCUCGAGCAACCAACGGUCCUAGAGCUGCAUUUUGGCAGACCGGCAUUGACAAAGAACUGGCCUCGCAGACCAAGAAUCGGACUUGGAAACUUGUUCCUCCAUCUGAGGUGUCAAACAUCUUGACAUCUCGAUGGGUUUUCAAUGUCAAGCAACUGCCUGAUGCAAAUGGCAAUAUAGUUGAAAGUGCAAAAGCCAGACUUGUUGCUCGUGGAUUCCAGCAAGUGCAAGGUCUUGACUAUACUGAGACAUAUGCCCCUGUCAUAAAGUUUACCACUAUUCGUCUACUUCUUGCUUUAGUUGCUCAUUAUGAUCUCGAACUUCAUCAGAUGGAUGUCGUCACUGCGUUUUUGAACGGCGACUUGGAUGAAGACAUCUACAUGGAGCAACCCGAAGGGUGCAUUGACAAAAGCAAAAGUGAUCACGUGUGCAAACUUUUGAAAGCACUUUACGAUCUUAAACAAGCACAUCGUCAAUGGCAUGCCAAAGUGAAUGAUUUCUUAAUUGGUGAAUUGGGAUUCGAGACUUCGCGUAGUGAUCCUUGUCUCUUCAUUAAACGCAUCGGUAACACUAUCAUGCUGAUUGCACUUUAUGUCGAUGACUUGUUACUCGCCGGUAGUGAUAUCGAUGCUAUCAAAUGGAUGAAGGGGGAGCUUAAUAAACGGUUUGAGAUGAAAGACCUUGGUAAAGCAAAAGUCUGCAUUGGUCUUGAAAUUGAAAGGGAUCGCAGCGCCAAGACGUUGAGUCACACAACCACGAUUUCAACCGAAAACGACUCCGAAACAAAUGUACCGUAUCGCGAGGCAGUGGGAUCCCUGAUGUACUUGAUGGUUGGCACUCGUCCAGACUUGGCAUAUGCGAUUGGAAAGCUUUCUCAACAUUCUGCCAACCCAUGUGAGUCACACUGGGCAGGUGUGAAACGGGUAAUGCGAUACGUGCAAGGGACUCGAAACUUAGGAAUCGUGUUUGACAAUAAAUCUAAAUCGCCAGAGUUUUCCCGGAAACAGACUGUGGUUGCAACUUCGACGUGUGAAGCUGAGUACAUUGCACUAUGUGAAGCGUGUAAGGAGGCGACUUGGUUGCGUCAAGUGGUUGCUGAUGUUCUUGGACUUGAUUCUGAUCCCACCAUUAUGAUGGGGUGUGACAAUGCAGGGACUAUUUCGUAUGCAGAGAAUGAAUCGGUCAACCGUCGUAACAAACAUGUUGAUGUGAAAUACCACUAUGUACGAGAUGCAAUUAAGAGAAACGUCAUUUCUUUGUCGCAUUGCCCGACCACUUCCAUGCCUGCAGAUAUCCUGACGAAAGCACUUGGGCGAGUUCUGUUCCAGAAGUUUGUAGAACUUCUAGGGCUUGCAGUAGCUACUUCUGAUAAAAGCAUGUGA